AUGAGGGACAUUUUUGGUCCCCAGCAAGCGGCCAAACAGCAGCACAGGCCUUCCCAAUGGACGUGCGGAUUUUGCGGAAAAAGCUUUUUCGAAGAACGGCAUUUGGAUUUGCAUUUUGACAACAGACAUAAGAAUGAAAUCAAUGUGGCAGAAGACGCAGUAUGCCUCGCCGAUUAUUGCGCGAUGAUGCGUUGCGAAGUGCUCGUAGCCCGCGACGCGUUAGGCGGCCCGUCGUCCGGUCAACGUGCUACGACGGACAUAGAAAUCUGGCGAGACGCGGGGCCUCGAGGAUCCUCGCGACCUUCGGCGACGGCACUCACCGCAACCGGGCCACGGGCACUUGCUAGGCUACCGCAUGGUGCAAAGGCUAAUGGAAGAAAUGGGCGGUACAAAAACGGGUUGCCGGGUCGAGUGGCUGUUAAAAGAUGUGAUAGAGACGAAGCGCCGGUCGCUGAAGAUGUCGAUAAUGAUGACGGAGAGGUAGAAGACAUAGAGGAGAAUGGUGAUUCCAAUGCCACGGCCGCUUGCGAUGAACAUCUUGUGGACUCGGCGUUACCAGCUGUAGAUGGAUCAACAAAUGAUGAAUUUCAACGUCUUAAGGCUGACUGUAAACCUGAUGAUCUGGCAAGGCUCAAGCUGCGAUGUGAGAUUCUUGUCAGAGAUUGUAUUGCUGGUUUGUUGGUUCAUCUAUCUGUUCAAGACUUCACAGAUAUGGAAGAGGAAUUAAAUCACGCAGUGUGUUGGUAUUUGAGUUGUGACCGCUAUUGGGAAGAAGGAAAUCCCGAACCAAGACCUUUUCCAUGGGGUUUGUUAUUUGUGAUGGUAAUGGUAUUGUCACUAGGAAUAUGCCUAUGCUACUACAUUAUCUGGGUGCUAUUUGAAAUUACAAUUACCAUAUUCUUACCGAAAUUACCUAGUCAUGACGACCGAAGCGUGGCAAGUACGAGUGCAACGGCUACCGCCCAUUCCUCGCCCUCGCACAGCGCCGCGGGACGAGCUCUUCCCGGCGAAGGCGACGGUUACGGGCAACGCGCGUUGGUCGCCCGAGACCCGUCUCUCGGGGCAGACCCAGGCGCUGCGGACAUGGGCCAGAGUGAACACUACAUCUACGUCACGUAUCCUCCCGACUUGAAAAGGCGGCUGCUGGAAAGGUAUGCCGGAGGGAAAAUGGGUUUAUUAUUGCUUGGUGUAUCGCCUGAUACUGAACGACGUGCAUAUUGA